UUAGUGAUUUUAGUGAAUGUCACUUUUUGUCAUUGUCAAAUUUCCCGCCAGUUCCGUCCCCCGUACGUCCCGAUGCUCGCAGGGGACGGAACCCAGAAGACAGAUGCCGGCAUCAGGCGGAGGACAUUACAGGGGACACUGCAGGAGGGACAUCGCGGGAGCGCAGGACAAGGUGAGAGAAGAACAGAUUGAGGAGCAUCGCCACAUGGUAAGCCCGAGUGUAGCUGGGGGUUACCGCUUGUGGUACUGAAACUUUACCCCGAGCUACACUUGGGAAUAUCGCCAGGGAGGCUACGCUUUGACAUUGUGGGGAAUCUAUCAAACAUGGAGAAGACAGAAUCUGGAGCUGUGCGUGGCAACCAAUCAGCUUUUAUCCCCAGCUUGUUCUAUUAGGGCUCAUCCACACAGCAGUUGAGGGUCAGU